AUGCCAACCACUAUUCCACAGGCGGGUGGUCAUCAGGAUCAAGUCUCCAUCAACUCAACCCAGCCAGACAAGAUCAUCAAGAAGACCAAUCACAACGAACUGGAGUUCUACCAAAACCUAGUCAACCAACUAGAACACCACCACCAUCUCAAACCAGAAGAUUGGAGACCUCAAUUCUUCGGCACAACUAACCAUCAUCAUCACCACCAGCAAACGCAAACAACAGCCAAGCAGCAGCAGCAGGACGAACACGUAUUCAUCCUACUCGAAAACUUAACCUAUAAAAGAUCCGAACCGGCUCAGCUAUUCAUCCAUCCAAACGUAAUCGAUAUCAAGUUAGGACAGAGAUUAUACGAUGAUCGAGCCACACCAGAGAAACAGGAACGCAUGAACAGGGCCGCACUCGAGACAACCUCUGCCAAAUUCGGCAUUCGUUUGACGGGUGCUCAGCUCUGGAGUAACCUCAACGGAGAGUAUUCGAGUGUCCCAAAAUCAUUCGGGAAAUCGAUCAAACCGGAUGGAUCAGACCUACAGACCAACUUCAACAGUCUCUUUCCAAUCUCAAACCACAAGAAACAGGAUGAAGAUGAUCAUCAUCAUCAUCAUCUAACAUAUUCCACUCAGGGAUUACCAUCCAACCUACUCAAGAUAAUCAUCGAUCGAUCGAUCAUCCCAAAGAUUCAAACCAUCCAAGCCUAUCUCUCAUCCUUCAACUGGAGAAUCUAUGGUGCCAGUCUAUUGAUCGUCUUCGAAGCCGACCUCACCACUCUCCAAACCAUUCUCGCCUCAUCUACUACUACUACAACUACAACUACUACUCAGCCAGAUCAUUAUCACCUGGCUUCCGUUAAGGUCAUCGAUUUCGCACAUGUUGAACUGGCUGAUAGUCCUGAUCAAGGACUCCUAAAAGGCAUCCAAUCCACCUUGGAUCUCUUCCAUCAACUCUCUCAACAACUUCCCUCCGAUCUAACUUGA